AUGUUGCGACUCGCCCUCGUGGCCGCCUUGGCCGUACCGAGCGCACGGGCGGCAGCCUACGUCAACUCUUCCACCGACUAUGAGAGCGGCGCGCUUGGACAAGGACCGUACCAGACUUUCAAGUCGUCCAGCUCCCAGCCCGCUAUGUGGAACUUCAACGUCUUCCCCUCCGAGACGCCGCAGGAAGGAUCCAUCUUCAUUGCCCCGCGCGGCACCGACGCUGUCGCUCCUGGCCCGUACAUCUACGACGCGUACGGCGACUUGAUCUGGGACGGCAGCGCGUACGGCGAGUCCAUGUCCUUUGCCACGUACACGUACCAGAACAACACGGUCAUUGCGCUGUGGCAAGGCUCGUUCAACUCGGCUGGCUAUGGCAGCGGACACGGUCUCCUCCUCGACGACACGUACAGUGUCAUUGCCAACAUCUCGACAACUGUGGCCAACUCGACGAUGGACUUCCACGAGUUUGCGCUCACCGACAACAACACGGCCUUGUUCACUGUCUACGUGCUUGAGCAAAUGAACUUGACCACCUGGAGUGGCCCCGGUGACGGAUACAUCCUUGUUGGCUACAUGCAGGAGGUGGACAUUGCUACUGGCGAGGCUCUGUUUACUUGGCGUUCCCUCGACCAUGUCAACCCCUCCGAAUGUUAUGCCGGCGUGGGCUCGACCGGUGUGAGCGCCACCUCGCCGUGGGACUACUUCCACAUCAAUGCGAUCGAGAAGGACGACUCGGGCAACUACCUCAUCUCGUCGCGCCACUGCAAGGCCCUGUACUACCUGGACGGCACGGACGGCUCCAUCAUCUGGCGUCUGGGCGGCAGCAACUCGUCGUUCACCAUGGGUGCCAACACGACCUUUGAGUGGCAGCACGACGCACGGUUCCGCGAUGGCAACACGACCAUUUCGCUCUUUGACAACGCCGCCACGUCUUGGGAACAGAACGCCACCGAGUCGCGCGGCAUGGUCCUGACCAUGGACUAUACGAGCAUGACUGUCGAGCUGGCCGAGCAGACCUUGCCGUACAACGCGUCUCUCUCGGAGAGCCAGGGAAGCAUGGAGCUCCAGCCAAACAGCAACUGGCUCAUGGGCUGGGGCCAGGAGCCAUACCUCUCCGAGUACAGCCACGACGGCACCAUGCUGUGGUCGGCCCAGUUUGGCGUUGGCAACGUGCAAGGCUACCGCGCGAGCAGGGGUAACUGGACUGCAUACCCGACCACGACGCCGGCGAUGAACGUGACCAAGGACGACACGGCCGCCACAUACGACAUCUACGUGUCGUGGAACGGUGCCACGGAGAUUUCCUCGUGGGAGCUGCUGGGGUCCGACAGCGACGCGGCAAAGGGCACCUCACUCGCCAACGUGACCAAGACGGGCUUUGAGACCAGCUUCACCCUCCAGCAGUCGGAUGUGAGCGCGACCUACUUCCAGGCCCGCGCCCUCACCGCCAGCGGCGAGACGCUGGGCUGGACCCACUUCUUCGCCUCGAACGGCACCGACGCGGCGCCCGCCACGUCUGACGAGACCGCAGCCGUCGAGGUUACGGCCACUGCCACGUUUACCUCUGCGUCCGCCACGUCGUCUGCGACUACUGGCAAUACCUCGUCGGCCGCCCAAGCACGUGUUGGUGUUCCCCGCUCUGGUGCGGCCGCGGUCCUUGGCCUGGCGCUCACUGUGUUCAUCCUCUAA